UUUAUCUUCCCAACAUUUCUUAUCAUAUUUCCUCCCAAAAAAAAACCCUAAUUCCUCCUUUUCUUAUGAAACUUGCAGAAAUUCGUCAUAUCCCACCCGGAUUAAUUAAGGAAAUUAUGAACCCCAAGAACGAAUUAUAAAAGUUGAAGAAGGAUCAAGAGAGAAAAUAAGAAUCUAAGAUUCACUUACUAGAGAUUCUGCUUGGGGAAAAAGUUGAAAAGUAUUGCCGGUACCGCCCCGAAAAUAUAUAAGGCGGCUCCUUUAUAGGAGGGCAUUGGCAUGAAACUGUUGUUUGCUUCAGGUGAUUUUUAGCUUUAUUCUAGGCAUGGACCCUAAAUAUGGAAGUGGAACCUGUAACCAUUCUCGAACAGAUACAGUGGUUACUGAAAAUGAAACUGAGGCCAGUUCACCAAUAAUCUUUCUCCUGGAUUCUAAAAAUGAGAGUGAAAGCAGAACAAGUUCAGAUGCCAUCUUAAAUGAAAGUACUUCAGGAUCAAGUAAAAGUUCAGAACUUUCCCGUUCCAUAUUUUCAUCCUCAUCUGGUUCUUCCUCGGGUGAUUUCAUCUUAGUGAAUCCAAAAAUAGCAUCCAACUCUAUCUCAUUAGAUGUACCAUCUUCUAGGGAUGCCAAACCUUUAUCCCAAGAUGACUACAAUGGUUUGAAUGGUAUGUUCUGUAAAUUGGAACUGAAUACAUCAACAAGCUCCACCUCGCAGAUUUCAGACAUCUCUGAUGAAUCUUUAUUGCCAACAGUGUCAAUUACAAAAUCUCCUUCUAUCCAAAUGAUGGAAAGGCAAGGAGGCUAUGAUCCCAAAAGAGUUCCGUCUUCUAUUUUUGGAAGUAAAUCGUCAACACCUAAGGAAUGGAGUGCUGCCUCUGAUGAGUCAUUGUUUAGUAUCAACGUCAGUCUUUCGAGGGAUCAUAUUCUAUUGAUGGGUGGAGAUAUCUGGAAGUCAGGGGAACUUCAUAAAUCUGGGGAACUAAAAAACAAGUGUGUAGAAUUAGACAGAUCUGAAGAAGUUAGCAAGUCCGGCAAGCUAAUUAGCUUUAGGGACUCUCCAACUGUAAAAGGAGGAAAACAUACGGAAAAGAUCUGUGAUACAGAAAGAGGUGUGGUAACUGGAAACAACUUUAUUGAAGCAGGAAGUCAACAUGAACCAAUUAAGAAAGAACUCCAUUUUGAAGAGGAAAUAAAAGUAGGACGGAACGCAGAAUAUUCAACUACCAUUGGCUAUUCCAAAGGGAAUGAAGGGUUUAGAGACUCCUACAGCACAAUUCACCAUUCUGACGGGAGUAGUACAUCUUUAGCUUUUCCAGUAAGUGGGAAGUCCACCGAACCUUUCUGCCAUAUUGUUUAUUACACAAGAAAGAAGUCCAUAUGGCCAUUGUGCUUCUAUUCCUAUUGUAGCUGCGGGUCUUGCUGCUCUAGGUGGCCAAGCAGUUGCUUUAAGUGCUCAGGCUGCUUAUCUUGUAAGUGGUCAAGCUGGAUUUGUUGCUCUUGUAAGUGGUUAAGUUGGUCUGGUUGCUGCCAUAAGUUGCCGAGUAGAUAGGGAUGCUGCUGAAACUAAUCAAGCUGCUACUUUUAGCAUCCAACGUAGCCCAGCAGAGGCGGAUCUAAGGUGGGUCGUGUGGUUCAAGUGAAAUCAUUGCUUUCUGCUCGAACAAUGCAUACAUAUAGAAACAAAUUUUAAUAUGUACAAUCACACCCAUUCUGAAUGAUUAGUCCUGUGACUCUAGAUCCUGGAUCCGUCGUGUCAUGUGUUCUAUGUCACCAAGCAGCUGCUACAAGUGUCCAACCUGACCUAGCUGCUGCUCUAAGUACUGGAAAAGCUGUGGGUGCCACUGUUUUUAGCAUUUGGCUGCUAGGCUAACUGUAAAUGGAAAGAACAUUGUUGCUCAAAACAAUUCCUGACAGCAUUCAUAAGGCAUCCUAUAAAUCACGAGACGGAUAGCAGCCAACGAUGCAUAUUGGUUCAGCAUCAAACAAUCCAGCCAAAAUGUGGAGCUUAAUGAUAUGUAGCUGAUCACUGAACAUUGUCCAAUUUUUUGAUCUUGCUAGUGUACAUAUUAGUAGGUGAUUGAGUUUAGACAUCAUGUUUUGCCUCACACGAUUUGGUCCACUGUGCAUACAUUUCUUUCCUCCAUUAAGUUAAGAGAAGAAGAAGUGGGAGAAAGGCUAGGAGGACUAAGGAAACUGGAAAAUAACUUGACCUGCUGAGUAAUAAUCCACCAUAGCAUAUCAUAGAAUCAGAUGGAGGCUAACUUACAUUCUCUGAAUAUCUAUUUGCUCAUGUUCAUACAGUAGUGGAAGAUAAACACAUAUAACCUUGCUCUGAUACAAAUAAAGGAAUUAAAAUUUGGAGAUUAUAAUAUACCUUGUUAUAAGAUCGGUUGUGUGUUACCACCUCCAAUUGCCUAGUUGUUUCCUACAGGAUCACUUGUGGAGUCUUGUAGCUUUUUAGCCUAAAGG